AUGACACACAAUAGUAAACAAGCUUGGAAAACCAUCAAGAAACUCAACUCAGAGUCAAACACCAACUCUAGCAUACCAGAAACUACACCAAAGUUGCACACCAACUCCUGCCCCAAUGCUGCUGGAAUUGAUGAAAUCACACCAGAAAUGGUACACCACUUUGGCCUGAGAGCCCGGGAGUGGAUUACCAAAUUGUUUAGCAGCUGUGUGACAAAAACAAAAGUCCCCAAUGUCUGGAAAAAGACCAAAGUUGUAGCUCUUCUGAAACCAGAUGAGCAACUGUCUUGCGACCAAGCGGGUUUCAGACCUGGCCGUUCCUGCUGUGGACAGGUUCUUAACCUUACACAAUUUAUAGAUGGCUUCGGAAACCAGCUUAAAACCGGAGCUGUGCUAGUAGACCUCACAUCAGCUUACGACACUGUGAAUCACAAGGCUCUCCUCUUCAAGGUAGCACAACAGUCGUCAAAAUCCUGGAAUCUCUGCUUAACAACCGACGACUACUACAAACAUUGGUUCCUAAAUGCUAAUCCAAGAAAAAACACGUCUGCACCUUUCACCUCAACAACCGUCAAGCCAACCGAAACCUCAGAGUCCGGUGGGAGAAUAAAGAAUUAG